AUGAAACCUCCGCAGAACUGCUCGGCUUUUUUCCGUGGCCUUUGCGGCAAUGCCAAUGUUCUUAAACCUUUCUUGUGGAUUAACUGCCUUAACCCAACUGUUACUUCCUUUUUACAUCAUCCUUGGAUUUUUGACAUUCCUAUUGCCUUUAAACAGGUUUUCUUUAACAUGGAUAUGCCUGUUGAGGAUCUUCGCAUUAGUGACUGUUUAAAUAAUUGUAAUUGGAAUGUGACAGCUCUUAAUCUUAUGUUUGGUUCCAAUUGGAACUCUCCAAUCUUGUCUCAUGGUAAGAUUAGUGUUGAUGGCGUUUCUCACUGGGUUUGGUUUCCGGAAUCUCAUGGUACCAAACUUUCUUCUAACAUCUACAAGUUUCUUAACAAGAACCCAUGCUGUGGGCAGCAGUGGAUUGGCUGGUCUAAUAUAUGGAAACUUCGUGUUGCUCCUAAAACUAAAACCUUCAUCUGGAUGUUGAUGCAUAACAAAAUUAAAACUUAUGAUUUUAUGUAUCGGCUAAACCUUGGUCCUCCUGACCCCUGUGUGUUUUGUGGUUUGGUUUUAGAAAGCUAUGAUCAUCUUUUUAAAUAUUGCCAUGUUAGUGUUCGGGUUUGGAAGACUGUUGAAAAUCUUGCUGAUAUUACUGUCAAUCUCCUCAAUUUGGUUGAUGGUGGUGUUUGGCUUGAUUUUAGUUCCAAUGGUAAUUCUUUAUUUUUGGCUUCUAUUAUUGCUGCUACUCUCUGGCAAAUUUGGAAGAGCAGAUGUAACUUGAUAUUCAGGCAGGAUUCCUUGGAUAUUUCCAAGAUGGCUAAUCUGGUGAUUCUUCAUGUUAAGGAUUUUGCUGUCAGCUCUAAUGGUCAUUUGAUGCGGAAUUAUAUGAUGAACAACAGACCUUGCCCUGGUGCUUUAGGUGUUUUCUCUGCUGUGGCUUGGAACAUUACUACAGGUAAGGGUGGUUUGGGCUUCAUGGCUAUCAAUUCUAAUGUCACUGUGUGCUGUGCAGGCUUUUGCCCUUCUAGUCUGGCCGAUAGUUUAGAUAUGAACUUGAAGGCUCUCUGCUGGGCUCUGGAUUAUAUCAUUAUCUCAAGGGAGUGCUGUUCCAACAUCUUCAUCAGCUCUGAGGACCUUUGGAAGAAGAUUAGCAGUAACGAGGGCCUAGUUUCUUGGGGCAUGAUAGAUCCUUGGAUUGUCUGCGUCGGCUUCUUCUUCAGUUGA